AUGCGGUUCCUCCUGUUGCUGGCGGUGCUGGCUACCGUGGGCUGGGCAGCAGUCUGCCGCGGCGGCGACUGCGACAAGCGGCUGAAACGCAACAUCUUCAAGAAGAACACGGAGGAUCACGGCGAUGGAACGGUUUCGAAACAUCAGGGUCGCAAGAAGCGCUCCCAUGAUGAGGAAGUUCUAACAACAUUCCCAGAACAUCAAGGCCGCAAGAAGCGCUUCGAGGAUGCUGUCAGAGAUGUCACAGUCCUGGAACACCAGGGGCGCAAGAAGCGAGACCUUACGGUUCUGGAACACCAGGGGCGCAAGAAGCGCUCCGGCCAGAUUCUAAACACAUUUGACCAUCAAGGUCGCAAGAAGCGCUUCGAGGAUGCGGUCAGGGACGACACGGUCCGGGCCCAUCAAGGUCGCAAGAAGCGCUCCGAGAAUGAUGUCUUGAUAAACAAGCCCACCCGCCGCCCAGCUCCUCGAUCCCGGAAGGACGAUGAACGCAAGAAGCGCGACGAACAGGAGAUUUUGUGCCUUCCUGUUGAUGGGCACGAGACACGCAAGAAGCGCUCGACCGAUGCCGACGACCUGAUGGUUUUGUGCAUUCCCAUCGCAGGGCAUCAAGGACGAAAGAAGCGCGCCGUGGAGACUACUCAAAGCAAGAGGGGCUCCGGCUCCUGGGGUAAGGACGACGGAAUCCUGCAUCAUCAGGGUCGCAAGAAGCGCUCAGAUGAGACUGACGAUGAAAUCCUGGGCCACCAAGGACGUAAGAAGCGCUACGAAGAGACGGAUGAUGGGAUCCUGCACCAUCAGGGACGUAAGAAGCGCUCCGACGAGACGGACGAUGAAAUCCUGAACCAUCAAGGACGCAAGAGGCGUCAGGAUCAUGAUAUCGAUCGAGCUCACCAAGGACGCAAGAAGCGCCAGGCGGUUCGUGGAGGGCGCAAA